UAAGGCAGAGAAAAUGAUUUCCCCUGCAAAGUUAGAACCGAGUGCUGUGAAGAACUAGACUCAGAUUUCUGACCCACUGGUUCUCUUGAAACCUGACAACUUUGUGAAUCGGAGGUCUGUGCACACACCCAUCCACAGCCGGGCCUUUUAAGGUGCUAACAGAGCGGCAGAGCUGAUUACGGGUUACGGUGGAGAGCUUUGAGUUUCACUUUCCUUCUCACUCGUGGGCUGCAACGAUUCGUAGAUCUGACUGCAUUUAGUCUGGAGAGCUGACAGUGAACGGUGAGCAGGCGACAGUCUCAGCCACGAUCAGCAUGGGGAUUAGCGGCAAGUUCCUAAAACUAUGGCGAAACCACUUCACAGUCAUAUCGACGUCAGUGUACUCCCUCGUUUUGGUGGUGCUGGAACACUCAAUAGAUCCGAAUUUCAAAUGCCCAGAAGACAAGAUGCAGACACUUAGUUACAGUCUUUGCUAUAUCCUCCUGCCACCCGCUGCUUUGUUUCUAUUAGGCCUGGCUGUCCAGCUUCCUUUGAAAUGGGAAGACUCACUUAGCUAUGAAUGCUACAGGUGUUGCGAAUUGUUGAACCGUCGUUUAACCAUCACAGAACCUUGCCUCAAAAUCUGUGAAAGAGUCUGCAGCAUUAUUUUCAAAGCUUUGGUACCCGCUGUCUUGUGGAUAAUUAUCGUGCUUCUGGAUGGGAAAUACAUUGACUGUCUGUGUAAAUCACCCCAGGCGAACUGCCCUACAGCGAGGAGUCCUUAUCACGUUUCCCAGGUGGCUGGGCUUGGAGUCAUAGGGAGCAUUGCCCUUCUCGGGUUCCUAUACUGUUGUUUUAGGAACUGUUGGAGGAAAAGGGUCACCAUGAAUGUGUUCCAAAGCAGGGAGAGACUCCGGGUGCAGGCCGCCGACUAUCUGAACGAACAGCAGAACGAGGUGAUCCGGAAAUUAAUUGAGAAACACCUGAACAAGCGCUACAUAGCCGCACCGGCAACAUUCGUGACAGGCCUUAGAGAUGUGGAUGUAUCUUUUGAGAUAAGACGAGCUUUAAAUGUUUUAUGGGAAAAACAAAACCCUUCUGACAGAGCCCAGAGUAGAGAGCACGGAGCCGGCGGAGCCCAGAGUAGAGAGCAUGGAGCCGGCGGAGCCCAGAGUGGAGAGCACGGAGCCGGCGGAGCCCAGAGUGGAGAGCACGGAGCCGGCGGAGCCCAGAGUGGAGAGCACGGAGCCGGCGGAGCCCAGAGUGGAGAGCACGGAGCCGGCGGAGCCCAGAGUGGAGAGCACGGAGCCGGCGGAGCCCAGGGCGGAGCCCAGAGCGCACCCUCCAGCCCUUCACUUCAAGAGGCCUCUUCCUCAAGGGGCCACCCGUAUUUAGACUCUGGAGAGACCCAAAAUGUGCCGUCGUCUGAGAGCGAGAGAACACCACUGGAAGUCUGGACGUCUGUUCCUGCAUCGGCGAUAAGUCAAGAAACAAGUCUCACACAGACACGGCCCCCUACGAAAAGCACAAAGAAGCAAAGUAGAAAAGACAAAUGGACAUGCCCAGAAGCCAACCCCCAGGAAUCCAUCCCCCUCUUCCCUCCUAAGGUUCCUCCUUCCCAAACCAGGCCAGGGGGACUUUAGCGGGUUCCUCUCCCCUGUUGGAGAGGGGGAAGCAGGUCUAAGGACUUUUUUCCUCUCUUCUCUGCCCCUUCUCAGGAUCAUGCUCCAGAUCAUGCAUCAGAUCCCCAACCCCACUAUGCCCCUCCUGGAUGGGAUUCCUGCGGUGUGUGAAUCUUUGAGAGGCAGGGUUCCCGCCCACUCCCCACCACACAAGGAGAACUAAGGGCUCUGUGAUCUCUACUCCAGUUCUCCAUCAGAGAUGUCCAAGCCUUCACCUCAAGCAUUCUCCACUUCUCCACCUCCAGGGGUCUCAAAACCAUCACCUCAGAGGGUCCCCAACCCUUUGCUGCAAGCAUUCUCCGAUUCUCCACCUCUAGGAGGUCUCAAAACCAUCACCUCUAAGGGUCUCCAACCCUUCACCUCAAGCAUUCUCUGAUUCUCCACCUCCAGGGGUCUCAAAACCGUCACCUCAAAGGUCCCCAACCCUUCGCCUCAAGCAUUGGCAAAACGUUACCCUCAGGAGUUCUCCAACCUUUCACUUGAAAAGUUCUCGAAUUCUCCACCCUCACUUUCCCCUUGUUCUUCCUCACAAAAGUUAUCCACUGCUUCCCCUCAAGGAACUACCAAUGUCUGAUUUCUAGGGUACGUCUAUACUGCGGGCUAAGGCCAAAUUAAGCUACGCAACAUCAGCAACAGUAAUUGUGCAGCUAAAGUCAAAAUAGGUUAGGUUGGCUUUUGAUGCUUUCUGCACAGCAGGAAGUCACAGGAGGAACACGCUUCCUUUGACCUCGCUUACUCUUCAUGGAAUGAGGGUCACCGGCAUCGACCGGAGCGCCCCUCUCACUUCCAAUUAGCUGUCUUAGGUCAAGUGCUAAUUUGAACCGGGGAAGAGCGAAAGUCCACCUUCGGUCUACCUCUGUCGUGUAGACAUCCCCUAAGAGUUGUGUAUUCUCCAGGGGGAAUAUUACAACACGACUUGCGAGUCACUUUCUUCUCUCCAUUAGGCACAGAUGCCUGGAGUUCCAGAGGGUAUGUCUACACUACAGCACUAUUUCGAAUUAAG